AUGAGAAGGGGACAGAGAGCACGGAAAAGCCCCCAAGGGAAGGAGGUCAGCCAGCACCUGCGCGGUGAGGUCGGCCUCCUCUUCACCGACCGCACCAAGGACGAGGUGCACGAGUGGUUCUCGCGGUUCCGAGAGGUGGAUUUCGCCCGCGCGGGGAACAAGGCCACGUACACGGUGAGCCUGGACACGGGGCCCUUGGAGCAGUUCCCGCACUCCAUGGAGCCGCAGCUCCGGCAGCUGGGGCUGCCCACGGCUCUCAAGAAAGGCGUCGUGACGCUGCUCUCCGAUUACGAGGUCUGCAGAGAAGGGGACGUGCUGACGCCCGAGCAAGCUCGUGUCCUGAAACUCUUCGGCUACGAGAUGGCAGAGUUCAAAGUGACCAUCAAAUUCCUGUGGAACUCUGAGACAGGAGACUUUGAGCAGCUGGAAGGAGAGCCGGAGGUGGCAGCAGAGGAGGAAGAGGAGGAGAACAGCAGCAACGAGGACUAA